AUGGCUUCUAGUUCUUUGACAAAACCUCAGAUGUGUGGCCUUCUGUCCCAUCAUUUUCAUAUUGUCAGAGCAUUUAUUGUCUCCCUGGGAGAUGCAACUUUCUAUAUGUUUGCUGUGGCUGAACCAAGAAAGAAGGCAUAUGCAUAUUUCUAUAGAAAUUAUGAUUCCAUAAAAGAUUUUGAGGAGAUGAGGAAGGCAAGUAUGUUUCAGAGUGCAAAGUGA